GCCGCCGCCGCCUCGUCGAGCGCUGGCUCCGCCCCGCCGCGGCGGCUUCCGCAGCGAGCGGCGGCAUGUGGCGGCCGGGGGCGGCGCGGGCACUGGGCGCCGCGCGGCGGGCGGCGUUGGCGGCACGGCGCGGCGGAGCGGGCGCGGCCGCGGCUGGGGCGCCGCUGGCGGGCGGCGCGGCGGAUUCUUCUCUACAGCAGUUAGAAUAUGCUUCAAAGGUGAAGAGCAAGACUGUUCAGUUUAUGAAUUUAAGAAACACAGGAACUCUGAACAACAAAAGCUGUUUAGAUGAGACCACUUACGAAAAACUGGCUGAAGAAACACUGGACUCCUUAGCAGAUUUCUUUGAGGAUCUCACAGAUAAGCCUUUUACCCCAGAAGAUUAUGAUGUCUCUUUAGGGAGUGGAGUUCUAACAGUUAAAUUAGGUGGAGACAUGGGAACGUAUGUAAUCAAUAAGCAAACACCAAACCGGCAGAUUUGGCUCUCCUCACCCACUAGUGGGCCCAAGCGCUAUGACUGGACAGGACGGAACUGGGUGUAUUCUCAUGACAGAGUAUCCCUUCAUGAACUGCUAUCAAAAGAAUUUUCAACAGCAUUAAAAACUAAACUAGAUUUGUCCUGCUUAAUAUAUUCUGGGAAAGAAGAUACUUGAUGAUUUUCUACCUCAUGGAAAUUAAAAGACUUUAACCAGGAGCCCUUCCCAGGUUUCUGAAAUAUCUGAGCUCAAUUCUAUUGUUUUUCUUUGCAUCUCUAUGUUGUGUAACAAUAUGAAAAUAAUAUAUUUUUCUUUAGUGCUCAGUGUUUGGGUUUCUGUGUCACUGCUAGAAUUUGUACCCAUGUAGUACAGAUGGUUGAGGUGUCCAUUUCUAUCACUGCAUUUCUUACUCUUAGCUAGGAAGGAAGUCAUGAAUUCCUGUCAUCCAUAGCCCUGUUUGGAUGUAGGGACUGGCCUGUCUGGUGAUGUCUGACCAGUGCACAAUUGCCACCCAACAGUGGUGGGGCCUUCACCCAAAAGAAGAAAUACUAGUGGUUUGCAUUGGCAUGAGUUGUGGUACUGUAAAUGGGCUGUGUUAAAACUUGAGGCUAGUGAAGGGAGUGCGGUGCAAUUGAGAAUGAAUAAGGCGUCACAGUCUAAUUGAACACAUGAUAAAGGAAAUGAGUGUGGCAGGUAGAGUUUUUUCAUACUGCGUAAUGAAUAUAGUAAGAGUUUUUCUCUCAGUAUUGCAGAAUUUCAUCUCUUCUCCAAUUUCCUGGUUUCUUUAAAGUUGUCUUUUGAACUAAAUUUUAAGCUCCAUGCAUGUCUCUGUGGUUGUAAGCAGUAUAUGCAACUGAAAAAGCUGGUUGAUCGUGUUUAAGCUGUGCAGCAAAAACUUUACAAACAUUUUAUUCUGUUACUGUGAAUUUUUCCUGCUUUUGUUCUUUGAAGAGUAAAAAUACAUAAUUUAAUUUACUGACUUCUUUUUAGUUGAGCAAAAUGAAGAUCCUCACAUCGUAACAAAAAUUUGCAUUAAUUUUUGUACUGAUGCAUCUCCUGGUAACUGAAUAUAGUUUUGUUUUUUUUUCCGACCAUAAUACAAUGAGGUUUCCGUUAGUAGCAUGCUGAUGCAGAAACAUUUGCCUUUUGCCUCUUAGAAUUACUGAAGUUGAAUCUGUUCCAGACUGUUAAGAAAUAGGAAUGAAAUAAAUUAUAUACUGCAGAUCUUAAGCCAAAAAAAAAAGCUUUUCAAAAAAACUGUGAAAUGCAAGAAGAACACUAUAACACUUGGCACUGUUGUAGUAUCACCAAUAAUUGGCUUAAAUUGUCUGUUAAAUAGGAGCACAAAGUUACUCACUAAUUCUUGAGGAAAUGGUUAAACCAUAUUCUUUUAAAUUUUAUCAUUGUAUGAAAAGAUGUCCGGUGCAGACAUUUCUUAUUACUUUUUUUUUUUCCCUCUGGUUCUUGAUUUCUCUGAUGCUUGUGUUUAGCUUGGCAUGAUUUUCUGGCUAGCUAGAAUUAUUACAGGUGCAAUAAUUUGUCAUAGAGAAACAAUAGCUAUAUAGUAUCUUUGCCCAGCACUUGCAUUUAAAGUACAAGUCUUGUUACCAGCUAUUUCCCAACAUUAAAUAGAACAAAAGUAAUGUUUCACUGGAGCCAGGUCAUGAUUAACUGUGCACACAGUGUUUGCAUGUUUUUCAAUCAAAAUAAAAAAGAUGACACUUACCUGAAAAUUCAUCUCUACCAGAUGAGGUGACUACAAUGACUAGCAACUGGUAUGAAUAAAAGAGACUAAAAGAUACCAGUUUACAAGCAAAAUUAAAAUUAGCACUUACUUAGACACAUCUUUUUAGACAGUAAUCAACUGAUAUUUGAAGCGAGGGUACUUCCUCCUGAUUCUUCCUUUGUUUUUUUCACAUAUAACUUGUGUAAUUGUUUUCAAAAAUUACUUUCUUAUGUGAUGUGCAUGCAACUUAUAUUCAUUGAUGUACAUCAGACACAUAUUUGGAGGUUCAUCCGCCAUUCCCUUUCAUCUUGAAUGAUUGUUUACACCACAAUAAAGUUGUAUGUGGAAUUUGGAAUUCAUUAUAUAAAAGUGAUAUUUAAGUCUAUGAUGAUAAAGGAAAAGCACUGCAGCCAUGUAUAUUGUGUUAAAUUCUUUUGCAUUCUUAAAAUGUUUAUUGCAGGAAUCUGUUCAAAAUUCGGUUGUCAACAUGAAUUUUAUACGAGCAUUUAGACUUUCACUUUUGAAAUGCUUUCCCCUUCAACAAUAAUGUUACUGUUAUUUAUGCAAACAGUUUCCUGGUUUUAGGUAGCUGAGUAAAAAAUGGAUUUAGUUUAGGUGAUGAAGAUGAAUGUCAUCAGUAAGCCAGAACUAGAGGAUUUCAUCUCAAGGUACAAUGUGAAUCUUAGGGCAGGAAGUAUGUUUUGUCCUAAUGCUUGUAUCAAGCUGUAAGUAUGGGCAAAGACUCCAUCAGUCUUCAUACCUGUACAGUGGAGGCACAAGAGGAGCUCUGAUCCUGAUGUCAGAUUUUGCUUAUUGUCCCAAGACAAGUAAGUCUUCCGCACUGUUUUAUACUGGUGUGUCUUCUUUGUAUUAACAGAUUGCUCCAUAGUUAGGCACUUGACAUCACGACAGUAAUUUCUUGCUUUGCUUCUCUCAAAAGAAGUAGCUGAAAGAAAUUUUUUUUAUAUUUGCUACAAAUAGUAAGAAGGAGAAUUGUCACGUUUCUGGCAGCGUUUAUUCUUACAAAACAAAUUGCUCCAUCUUCAGUCAAGGGAAACACACAGAAUACCUUUGAAAGGCAAGUGUUGACAUUUGUAGCUAUACUGGAUAUUCAAAGGAGGGACUCAGUGGAGAAAGUGGAGUUUUUAAAGGUGUACUAGUUUUCUUCACCAGUAGCUCUCUGUAGCCUCUUUCUGCAGAUGAUGAUUGUAUUUGUCUGCUUCUGUCCUGCAGUGUGAAGGUCUUACCACUUCUUCCCAAGCUAAAGUCCCUCAUUCCCUGCGUGCCAGUGAGCUCUGCUGAUCGUUUUCAUUGAUCCAUGUAGUUGAAUUAAGCUCACAGCUGCUCUCAGCCUGCAUUUGUCACAAACCUACUUUUGUUUUUUCAUGGGACCUGUGUCCCUAAAUGUUUGUCUGGUGUUCCUUGGUUCUUUUUCCUUCCUAAUUGCAGCAAUUUUCAAGGAAUUUUACCUCCUCCGUGAAAGGCUGCUGCAGAUAAUGGAAUCAUCCCAACUUGUUUCCUCAUAAAUCCCUAAGUCUUUUAGCUGCUUCAGUAAAUAGGAUAAGGACCUGUCCUGAAGGUCUUUGUAGCUGAAGAAGGGAAGGGGGAUUUGGAGAAAGGUUUGUGUUUGGUUACUUGGCUCAGGUUUGCCUUUCAGCUUUUAGUUAGCGGUUUAACAUGGUGAUUGUGUGUGAUUUCAGAACUUGGUUCUGAAAUGUGUGGGAGUCUUGCAGCAGUGAGUCCUUGGAAGAAAGGCAGAGGCUUGCCAAAAUAGCUGGAAGAACAUUCAAAAUAAAAGAGGAAGCAUGGGAGUGGCAGAAGAAAAGGCUAUCAGGAAGAGAUUAACAGUGCCCAACGGCUGGUGUUGUUGGCAGGGCAAUGAAAAGAGGCUAAGGGCAAGCUGCAGCAUGUCUCAGCACCUUAGGGGAUGAUAUUUUAGAUUUACUGCACACUGUUACUUAGAGUUGUAACCAGUAACAUGGAUGUUCCAGUCUGGGUUGCUGUUGAGAUUUUUUUUUUUAAUUCCUGUUUAAAGAUACGAAAAAGUUCAGAAUGAUAUUCCCCUUUAUCCCAAACUCUCCUUUAUGUAAAUUGCAUGGUUGGCAGUUGUGGAACAAAGAGAGGAUUCAUGACCUCCACAGAAGAUGACCCAUGCAGGCUCCUUACCUUACACAGACCUGUGAACAAAUAGGAGGAUUUUUAAACUGUUAUUAAUUACAAACUUUUUUUGGAGUUCAUGCUAAAGGGUGACAAAAUUUAGGAAGGGAAACAAUAGAUAUUUAAACCAAGCCACUUUGUGCUGUUGCUGCCUUCUCUAAUUUGCUGAAUUGUUUUAAAAAUUGUUUUAGUCAUGGUAAUUAUGCUAUGUGAUCAGUAUUACAAUGAGUAAUUUUGUAAGCAUUGUUAGUUUCCAGAUCUAGGCUCUUCUGUUAUUCAUCAAUAUUCUCUACUAUUCUACUAAAAACAAAGAAAGAAAUACCUGAAAUAUGUCAACAGUAUCACUCCUCUUUAGCGUAUUUUAGAACCAUUAACUAAGCAUCAUAAUGUCAGUAUUACGAAAAUAAAUAUUUUCCUUUUCUUUUUUUUUGUAGCGAGAGAAGUAAUACAUGAAGUUUUAAACAUUCAUUAAGGAAACAGAGAUCCAGCACCGUGUAAAGCAAAGCACCACGUAAAACAAAAAAAAAAGACACAUACCUGGAAGUAAGACUAAGUUUCCACUCCUCAUGCCUUGAUUCACUCUGCCUGAAUGCCGUAAUAUUGUGUUACUUAUCGAUCAUAGAUCCUAUUUAUAGCUCAGAUUUUUUUUCCUCUUUGGGGCUCUCAGUCUGUAACUCACUGAAAGACUGGUGUAUGCACAUGCAUGUUAAUUAUUAACUGGAGCUACAAGCAGGCCUUUUCAAAAUAACAUUUGAAUGCAUUUUGGUGUUUGCUGUCAAUAAAAUAAGCUCUUUCUGCUCA